UGAGACAGUCAUUCUGCCAAAGAACCCUCCUAGGGACAAGUCGAUCACUGUGGUGUGUACGCAGCAGUGGGCGAAAGAAGGAGAUCAAGUGAAAGUGAAGGUGUGCCGCAACUUCGCUUCCCGAAGGUCCUGCGUGGCAGCAACAAGGACUUUGAUUGAUUUAAUCGUUCUUACUCGUGUGCAGAGCAAAGACCAAGAAAACUGACUGAGUGUGAAAAGGGGAUACAGGAGUAACCCCCAACCAUGUGGGUCCUAAACAGGCGGAAUCUGCUCUGCAGCUUUGUGAUAUCGCUAGUGCUGUGCCAAAGUGUUUCUGCAGCAUCCUGCAAAACCGGCUGCCCAACACCAAACAAAUCGUCCAAGUAUACAUUCCAACCGGGAAAUGUCUACAGCUACGAUCUGGACAGCUUCGUUCAGGUGCAGCUAACCUCCGAAGAAGUCGAUGCCCAACAGACGACUCUGAAAGUGGACGGCAAGGUGGAAAUCUACGCCGGAGACAACUGCCAGUACACGCUGAAGGUCCUGUCGCUGACCACCUUCGCGCCCGAUGGCAUGAAGUCCAACUUUGGCGUUGACAUUACCAAACCCGUCCAGUUUACCCUGUCCAACGACGAGCUCUCGCCGGAAAUCUGCACCGAGGAAAGUGAUAAGGACUUUUCGCUGAACGUCAAGCGUGGUAUCAUUUCACUGCUGCAGUCUGCCGAGGGCAAGUCCUACGAAACGGACGUCUUCGGUGUGUGCCCAACAUCGUUCUCAAACUUUGUCACCGGAGGUGCUACCGUAGUGAACAAGAUCCGCGAUCUGUCCGGAUGUGGUUACCGUGAAUCGCUGAGCAACAGCCUGGUUAGCAGCAUUGUCAACGCGAAGGCUGGCAUCAAAUCGACUCCACUGCUGACCAGCAUCUACAACAGUCAGCAAACGAUCAAAAAUGGUCUGCUGGAUUCGGUCAAGCUCGGAGAAGAGUACAAGUACGUGCCGUUUGCGAAGCUCAACUCUGGUGCCCAGGCUAAGGUCACCACCAAACUGACAUACACUGGAACCAAGUCCGGAGCAGCCCCAGCCUUGACUGCCGCAACUCCACGUUCGGUCAUCUUCGAGAACCCCCAGUCCGACUCUCAGGGUAAUCUGGAGACGAUCAAGCAGGAACUGAAAACCGUUGUGGAUUCAUACAGCCAGAACAACGUUGGCAAGCUCACCGCUAGUCACUUUACCGAGUUGAUCCAUUUGAUGCGUUUCUCCAAGAAGGAUGAUCUGCUCUCGCUGUACCAACAGGUUAAGGCCGGCAACGCCCAUAAGAACAAGUCUCUGGCUCGUAAGGUGUACUUUGAUGCCCUGUUCCGCGUCGGAACCGGUGCAUCCGUCGAAGCUCUUGCAAAUCUCUACAAAAACAAGGAAGUCUCGGAUGAUAAAGAACAGAAACUUCUGUUUGUUUCACUGAACCUGGUCACUUCUAUGACCAAGCCAGCCCUGAAGGCCGCCAAACUACUGCUCGAUGGUAACCCGACUCGUGAAGCCUACCUCAGCGUUGGAACUUUGGUUAACAAAUACUGCCAAAAGUUUGGAUGUGAAGCGGCUGAUGUUAAGGAAAUCUCCGAUAAGUUUGCAGUUAAGCUCGGCAAGUGUCAACCUGCCAACCGCAAGGAAGAGGAUAUCGUCGUAGCUGUUCUGAAGGGUAUUAAGAACUCCAACACGCUGGUUUCUCCACUGUUGGACAAGGUCGUCCAGUGCGCUUCGGAUAAGUCAUCUGCUCGUGUUCGUGUAGCCGCCUUCCAGGCCUUCCCAGCUGCAUCCUGUAACAAGAAGGUUGUCAACUCUGCUCUAAACUUCCUGAAGGACAUCAAUGGAGACUCGGAAAUCCGCAUCCAAGCGUAUCUCUCGCUUGUUGAAUGCCCAUCGGCUGCCGUUGCCAACGAAAUCAAGGCACUGCUGGAUAACGAGAAAGUCUAUCAGGUCGGUUCGUUCAUUACCACCCAUCUGGCUAGCCUCCGUGCUUCAGCUGACUCAACCCGGGAGGCAGCUCGUCAUCACUUUGCUAACCUGCGCACGACCAACAAAUUUCCAUUCGAUUUCCGUCGCUAUUCCUUUAACCGUGAGUUCUCGUAUGCCGUUGAAUCGCUUGGAUUGGGCGCCAGUGCUGAUACUAGCGUGGUCUACUCGCAAAAGAGCUUCCUGCCAAAGUCAGUAGCAUUUAACUUUAGCACGGAAGUGUUCGGCAACUCGUUCAACGUGUUCGAAGUCGAAGGUCGUCAGGACAAUUUAGACCGUGUGGUUGAGCACUAUUUUGGCCCGAAGGGAUUCUUCCGUGGACUGGAUUUGCAAUCUGCUUUCAACACCCUCGUCGAGCAAUACGGAAAGCUUUCCGAGAAGGCCCAAAGCCGGUUCCGCCGCGGACUCAAGGAGGAUGUCAAGGCUUUUGCCAAGGGAGUGAACAUGCAGAACAAUGCCCUGGAAGAUUUCAAUCUGGACGUGUCGGUCAAGUUCUUUGGAUCUGAGCUGUUCUUCCUGAGCUCUGGUGAGCAUAUUCCAAGCACCCCUGAGGAGUUUUUGGAGAAAUUGCUCGAGUGCUUCGACAAGUUCUUGGAAGGCGCUAAGAAGUAUCACCAUGUGUUUGAACAGCAUGCCCUGUUCGUGGAUUCUGAUCUGGUGUAUCCUACUGCAGCUGGUCUGCCUCUGAAGUUAUCAUACGAGGGAACUGGUGUCGCUCGUUUGGAAACUAGCGUCGAAGUUGACAUCAAGGACAUUGUCAAGGACUACAAGAACACCAAGUUCAAUGUUAAGCUGGUUCCAAGCGGAAGCUACGAAGUGACUGGAACACUGAGUGUUGAUGCCUUCACUGUGAGCACUGGCCUUCAGCUUUCGGGUACGGUUCACUCAUCCACCGGCAGCGCUGUCAAUUUUGCUCUGCUCGAUGGUGGAAAGUCUUACGAACUCACGAUUGAUUCUCUCUUGAAGAAGCAGGAACUGUUCAGCUUCAAUAGCAAGCUCGUUUUCGUCACUCGUGAGCGUGGCAAUCAGCUGAUCUCCCUCCCGCUGAAAAUGAAUCAGCAGGUCAAGGAGUUCAAGGAAUGCUUCGAUAACCUGUACCACGUCGUUGGAGUUACCCUAUGCGCUUCCGCCGGACAGAAGCAAGUACCUGGAAAGGCUAUGAUUCCAUUGGAUGGAGAGUACCACGCCGAACUCUACUUGGAGGUUGAUCCCAAGUAUCACUUCACUGGAAAGUACGACGAUUCGGACAAGCAGCACCAGAGCUUGCUGUUGACCUUUGAUACCCCUGGAACUGACAAGAACCGUGCCACCAGUUUGAAAUUGGAGAGCUUCUUCAAGGGUGAUGCUUACGUGAAGGCUACUCUCGCAUCGCCACUUAGAAAUGUCGAUGUCACCGUUGGAUUGAACAACAACGACAAGGAAGCUUCACUGUACGCUCUGGCUCACAACGGACCCGAUGAGUAUCUGGCCAAGAUCGGGUUUGAGAAGGGUGGAUCUGCUGACCGACAGGAGUACGUACCGAUCUUUACCGUGAGAUCCCCGAGUGGAGAUGCCCAAGUUUCGAAGGUCGUACAAACCACCGGAAAGAUUGUAGUCGAGAAGGCCGAUGGUGGUGCCACCAAGUACAACCUGGAAAAUGUUGAAUGGAUUAGCCCGUACGCUCCGAAGACCACAAUCAACGGAUUCGUACUGCAGAAUGGACCAAACUUCGAUACUGAUCUGGCCGUCGUUGUUGGUACCAGCAAGAAUGCCGUCAAGGGACACCUGGACUUUAGCCCGAAGCACGUGAAUUUUGACCUCGAGAAGAAGGCCGAUGGCGAUGCCGAAAAGAACUUCAAUGUGAAGCUGGCUCUGGCGUACACUGAGAACUCGUUCAAGAACGUUUUCGUCUUUUUGUCGGGCAAGGACUUCAACAGCCCUACUCACCGCUAUGAGUUGAACCAGAAUGCUGAAUUUGAGAUCGAGGACAAGAAACUGCAAUCGCUGAAGAUGUCGAACAAGCUGCAAUUACCGAAACAGUUGGUUCGCUUCGACUUUGCCACUAGCAAGAACCAGUUCAAGGUGGACGGAGAGUACGGAUACGACAAGUACAAGGUCGCUGCCAACGUAGAUGCCAAGUACAACGAGAAAUCGGCUGGAGACUACGACGUGACUGUUGGAGGAUCACUCAACAAGCACUUCUUCAAGUUCACCUCGAAGCGCUCGAUAGAUGCUGCCAAGAGCAAGUUCCAGAACCGUCUGACGGCCAGCACCGGAACCAAGAUUGAUCUGAGCGGAGUUGCGACCAACAAGUUCAGCGAUAAGGACGGUGAGCUCAACCUGGAGGGUUUGUUCGUUGCUGUUGAAAAAGCUGAUCCCUACAAGCUGAAUCUGUUCCUCCAGCUGAGCCCAUCGACUGUGCUCUCGAACGCCAAGGUUCUCGUUGGAAAGGAUGAAUUUGCAACGUAUGAUCUCAAGCUCGACCGUACCGAAGCCGCCAAUGGAAAAUUCACCUUUGCUGUCAAAGACUUCCUCGACGGAAACGGUGAAUUCAAGGCCAACAAAGGACAAGGUGACGGAACUGCUCUGGUCCAAUUCCUGAAACAGGAUCGCAAACUCAAGCUGGACACUAAGUUCAAGAUCGCCGCUCCGGUGUAUGAUGUCGUCACGGACUUCUACUAUGACUUUGAGAAGGAUAACACCAAGAAGGUGCACUUUGAUACUAAGAACAAGGUAACUAAGAGCAGCUUUGACAGCAAGAACAAGCUGGAAGUCUUCUCCGAGACAUACGAAUUCAACGUGCAAGGACAGCAAAACGGACCUGUCAAUGAUGGAGCAACCAACGGAAAAUUCUCUCUGACCCUGCCAACUGGACGUCAGCUGUCGGGAGAUCUCAAGCGUGAAAUUAACGGAAAGGAUGACAAGAAGGUUACCGGAAGCAUCACAGCUAACUUUGUAGACAAGCUGCCAGGUGGAAAGCAGCAGACCGUGUCUUUGACUGGAUCUCUUAAGGAUGGUGACUUCAAGUCUCGUUUCUUCGAUAUGGUUCACAAUGUGAAGUACACCAACAUUGAUGGAAAGAGCCUGGAUGUCCAGCUAGAUACCAAACACCUGCCAGCUGGACACUUCAAGACCGCUGCCUUCCACGUCAAGGCCCAGGGUUCGCUGUUACCUCAGGCUGGAGAAUUCAGUUUCGAUUUGGAUGAAUACUGCGAGUAUCACGCUGUCUACCGAGUAGGUGGAAAGUACGGAAAUGACUUCGAUGGUACCGUCAGCGGAAACUACCACGUUGGAAAGCCUGGAAAGCCACAUACUCAUGAUCUGAAGGCUACCGUGAACGUUCCUCAAGCUCCUGUAAAGAAUCUCUUCGUUGAGUCCAAGGGUAGCUAUCUGGAGCCGGACAGUGAUGCCGGAUUGUACGAAUUUGAAUAUACUGGCACGUUCGGUUAUGGUGACAAGAAGGUCGCUUUGGCUACCACGGCUAAGGGCAACGUAAACCAUGGAACUGGCAGCGUUAAGCUGAACCUACCCGAAACCGAUCCAUUCGCUGCCGAUGUGUCGUACAACUACGAAGGCAAGGAAGAUGGACCACUAUCGACCAAGGGAACCCUGAAGAUCGACUAUGGAAAGGGUAAGACUUUGGAGUUCAACGGUGAUGCCAAGGCCAACGGAUUUGACGAUAUUUCCCUGCAUGCCACUAUCAAGUCUGACUUCGCCAAGGUAAAGAACGUUGAGCUGACCUUCAAGCACGUCAAGUCCGGUGAAAACGCUUACCACACCAAGCUGAAUUUGGUGGCUGACGGAAAGGCUUACAGUGUAGAUAACGCCGUUGUUCUGUCCGAAACUACCCCAUCUGUAGACUUCACCCUUGGAUACCCGGAAUCAACUGUUAAGAUUUAUGGAGGAUACCAGCUGCUCAGCGAUCGUGCUUUUAAGGCUAACACUAAGGUGCAGAACUUUGGUGACUUCAACCUGGACGCUAACGUUGAAGCCAACUUCCAGAGCUACGAAACAUUCUACGCCAAGGUUUACGUUGAUGCUCCAAAAUUGGAUGCCAAAAAGGUCACCGUCGAACUCAACUCCAAGCCAGGAAACACCGGCAAGGGUGUUGAAUUCAAGGCUUCAUCCGAUGGAAAGAACAUUCUGAGUGGAUUCGCCGACUACUCCGUCAAGGAGCAGGGCAAGAGCACUAUCAUCGAAGGCCAAGGAAACGUUAAGCUAUACGACAAACAGCAGACUGCUUCGUUCAAGCUUGUUCGUGAGAAAUUGCAAGAAGCUGGAUAUGCCUUCACUCUGUCCGGAUCGGUGGGCAAGAACAGCAUUUCGACGGAGAUUCACGUCAAGCCAAAUGAUUUCAAAUUGAAGCACACUGUUUGCGACGAGAAGAAGAAGUGCGCCAAUGUGGAAGUUCAAUCCAAGUUGGAGCGUACCGGAGAGAAAUUCAACCACGAAGCAUUGAUCUCGGUCGACUUGCAGCAGUUGGGAUAUGUAUACGAAUUUGGACUGAACUCCAAGACCAGUGGAAACGGAUUGACUCUUGAUCACACCACCGAUGUUGAAUUGAAGGAAAAGAAAAAGCCCAAGUACCAAUACCACCUGUACCUCCACCCCAACAGUGCUGGAGCUAGCCUUGUUCUGCCAACUCGGUCUGUCGUUGUUGAAGGCGUGUUCCAAUAUCCAAAGGACAAAUUCGGUCAAUACGAUAGCACUGUGUCAUUCUACUUGGACAAAAAGAACUCCCCGAACAAUAAGGCCACCUUCGGAUUCAACGGAGAAACUAAACUGGUCGGAUCGGCUGGAGUGAGUGGUAGCGGAUCUCUCAAGUUCUCGCACCCAACCGUUAAGGAUCUGGUUGUGAGCGUUUCGGGUAUUUUGGACGGAGACAAGCAGACUGCCGACGGAAAGUUUGAGCUGGAUGUGUUCAAGAAUGCCAACGAUAAGAUCGUUGCCCAUGCCAAGUACGUCAACAGUGAUCAGAGCUUUAAGGGCUUCAACGUGAGCUCGGAAGUCAGUGUGUUCAGUAAGGGUCUUGGAUUCAACUGUGGCUUCAACGGACACUCCGCUCUCUCACUGGCCACCAAGCAGUUGAGCUCCUCCGGUUUCAUCGAUCUACCAUUUGAGGACUUCCGCUUCGGAACUUACCUGUUUGCCAGCCCUGAAGAAUUCGACUUCCUGCUCAAGCGAUUCAAUGAAGAACUGGUUCGUGCUCACGGUACCUACGAUGUCAAGAAGCACAAAGCUGAUCUCACCUCCACUUUCAAAUUCGUGCCAACUAGGCCAGUUGUACUGCAAACCACUGUAAAUGGUCUGUCGUCUGCCAAGUUCUCGCUUACUCAGGAUAAAUUCUUCGUUGUUGAUGGAACAUUCACUGUUGACAAGACUGCUACUCUAAAGGUUGUUGGAAACGAGAAAGAACUGCUGAACGCAAAGAUCGCCCUGGAUACCACCCAUUUCCUCACCACUGAGUACAAGGUUAACGAAGAAAACGCCAAGAGUUUCCUGCAAGCCUUCAACAAGCAACUGCAGGCUGACCUGGAAACUAACAAGGCAGAAUUCGAGAAGAAGUACGCUAAACUGACCGCCGAUGUCAAUAAGGUCGUUAAAAACGUCGUCGCUUCACUGCCUGAUUUCAGCAAAUUCCAAGCAGACUACACCGAACAGUUGAAGAAGAUGCAGGAUGAAGUGCUCCAGGACCCAACCAUCAAGCAGUUCUUCGAAUUCGCUACCAAGAUCUUCGCUGCCAUCAACGAAAUUGUUGCUCAACUGACCCAGGUCUAUGCCGAAAACUUCAAGAAGAUUUCAGCCGUCGUCACCGAUGUCGUUGCAAAACUGACCGAAACAUUCAACUCCAAGAUUCUCCCAGUUCUGAAUGAGCUCUAUGGCAAAGCUGAAACGGUUGCGUACGCUGUGUACCAAGAAACUGUAAAAUUGGUCGUGGCCGUGUUUGAACGCACUAUCAAGUCAUUGAAGGCCUUCGAGGAAGACUUCAACAAGGUGGCCAAGAGCGUUUCAGAACUGUUCAAGAGCUUCGCUCAAACGUUUAACAAAGCAGUUUCAACCCUGGACAAGGAAUUCAAGGAACUGUACAAGCUGAUCCAGGAAUACUUCAAUUCGUUCGACGAGUUCAAGGUGCUCAAGGAGACGUUCAAGGAGUACUUCGAAGGUGCUGAUCGAUAUGCAUUCCAGUUGCUGAAGGAACUAUUGACUCUGGUUGAAGACUUGUACCCAGUCCCAGAGAUCAAGACGUUCACGUCCUCGGUCAACCAGUACAUAACCAACAAGCUGGACAAUAAGAAGGUGAACGAUAUUGAAGAGCUGAAGAACAUCUUUGUACAUUUCGUCAAGGCUGUGAGCCUGUUAUUCGAUAGAUUCACUUCGACUAUUUCAACUUCUCUGGAAGAGCCAGGUUUUGCGGGUGGAUUCCCAUCGUUCAUGACGUUCAAGGUCUUCCCAUACGUCAGCAGUGUAAAAUUCAGUCCAUUCAACUACCUACGUAACGAGAAGUUCUACUCACUGCGCGACUUCCUGUAUCAAUUCCGCCCAUACGCAUGGAAUCCAUUUGCCGUCCUUCCACCAUUCGAGAUGCAUGGAGAGCUUGCCGAUGGAAGCCACUUCUUCACCUUCGAUGGACAGCACUACACCUUCCCAGGAAGCUGCCAGUACAUUCUCGCCUCCGACUUUGUCGAUGGAAACUUCAGCAUUGUAGCUGACAUCCAGAACGGAAAACUGAAGUCGAUCUCCUUGUUUGAUAAGGAUGUUGUUCAACUGAACGACAAGGGCGUGGUAACGCUGAACGGUAAGGCUACUGAUCUACCACUGCACAAGAACGACGUCCAUGUUUGGAGACAGUACUACACGGUGAACCUGUUAACGACCUACGGAGCGAGCAUCAUGUGUACUACCGAUCUGAAGGUUUGCCACUUCACCGUGUCUGGAUUCUAUCUCGGAAAGGUACGUGGUCUGCUGGGCAACGGAAACAACGAGCCGAACGAUGAUUUCGUUUUGCCAAAUGGAAAGAAUGCUCAAAGUUCGACCGACUUUGCCAACACCUACAAGGCGACCAAGGCGUGCGCUGCUGUCGCUGAUCCAGGACAUGCCAAACACGAACACGCCAGCCCAGUGUGCGCCAAACUGUUCGGUUCGGACAGUUCGAUGAGAUAUUGCUACUUCUUCAAGGACCAGACCAACUACCGCGAAGCCUGCGAACAUGCCGUCCAUGGUGCCGAAAAUGCCGAGCAAGCUGGCUGUGCGAUCGCAUUGGCAUACGCUUCGUCGUGCCGUUUGGAACUGAUCCCUGUCAGCGUGCCCGCUCAAUGCCAGGCAUGCUCAGUUGGAGGCAAGAAUAUUGAUGUCGGAGAUGCGUUCAGCGUCAAGUCCCCGCAGAAACAAGCUGACGUUGUAUUCGUUGUGGACACUUCGAUCGGAACAAUGCUUGGUGAACUGGUACAGAUAACGAUCAAUGAACUGCGCAAGGAACUGAGAACGAACGGCAUUACCGAUGUGAACGUGGUUGUGCUGGGCUUCAACAGAAACCAGAAGUACGUGAGCUUGUUCAGUAACGGUGGAAACUUGGACUACACGGGUAAGCUAGGACAGGCCGAUAUCAGUGGGCCGGAGAACUGCAAACCAUUGGUAACUGGAAACAAGAACGUUGACGAAAUCCUGAAGACCCUUCACGAGUUGCACGAGAAGGUCGCCGAAGAUUUGGGAGUUACACCGGAUUCCCGUGCGUUCAUUGAGGCUCUGCAAUAUCCGUUCCGUGCUACCGCUAGCAAGCACAUCGUUCUGGUCCACUCGGACGAUACGGAGAAGGUACCCAAUCCGGCUCGUGCCAUCAAGUCUGUUUUGGCUACCCUGGAUUUGAAGGUGAAGGGUAUUGGACUGCACGUCGUAACGCCAGUUAAGAACCUCGGAAUCACCAGCAGCAAGGACUCGAAGAAGGUGAAGGAAGUUGUCGGUUUCAACUCGAAGCAGGCAUACACCGUGAAGGAUAACCCGAAGCGUGUUUUCGGAUCAACCGAGUUGAAGAACACCCUGAAGUUCGACUCGGAUCUGCUGGUUGAUAUGGUUAGCAAGAACAACGGAUUCGUAUUCGUGUUGCAGAAUUUCAGCGGACAGAAGCAAGCCAAGGAUAAGAAGGCUUUCGUUACGGUGAUGACAGCGGCCCUCGCAGAGCACAUUGCUCGAACGGAGGUCAGCAGCGACUGCGUGUGCAAGCUGCGAAAUGGUCUGCACGCAGAAGAAUCCUGCGAAGCUAGGGAAACCAGAUAUCUACCACCAGUGAAGAAAACCGGUGCCAAGGGAUAAGCUGCAUAGUCAUUGGCAGCUACAAGGGGAGAGAUGACUUCCAGCCAUAUUUAUUAUCUCCGUCUAGGAAUAGAACUGUGUAUCAUCCCAAUUGCCAUUUUAGCGGUACGAUCCUAGGGAAAAGUAAAUCUGUAUUGUAGUACUUCAGUAAAGAAAAAAAAAACAAAAGAUGCGAAUCGAAAUAAACGAGUGAAUUUUUGUAUUUAAA